UGAAUUGCGAAUUGUGCAUUUUUUCAGAACCAUUCCCUUGCUCCUCAACCGCAAUCCUCGUCCAGAAGAUCGUCCUAUGUGACAACGACUACCAAUACAUACUUCAUAAACUUCGCUUACACACCAUGACGGAGGGCCAGUUGCCCUACAGCGACUUCCUAUAAUGAGAGUCCUAGCACGAUGCGGCCUUGGUCUCCGUGGGAUUCUGCAUACGAAGCUACAGGGGAGCCUACAUACGAACCGUCGACCGAGCCAUGCUUUCUCCAGCUCUGCUUCAAACCGCAGCAUCGAGGAACCACGUCUAUCAUUUCAGAAGGUCCCCGCGCCCGUCACCGAGUUAGUGAGAAAGACACCGCGGCGAACCCCCGCCACCAAGUCAUCGGGGCGUCGACACAAAAAGACAUGGAAUCAUGAGCAUCGCCCUCCCAGCCGCUUUCGCUGGGCUUCAAAGGAAACCCCCGACUACAUACGCGAUCAUCUGUACAGCGUUCUCGAGUCCUACGUCCUCAAUAGCGAGCGUCUCGCGUCCGAACAUUUCCCCGCCCUACCCACAACUGUCGAUUCCGACGCUUUGGAAGGCGAUUCCGAUACGCCGGACCCGUAUGACACGACAGUCAAGACGCCGUGCGUUCACCUUGACGCUGACCAUAAAACGUACGACGCAAUCGUCAUCGAUUGCGAGAUGGUCACAUUACGAGGCGGCCAGCAGGGCCUCUCGAGUGUCGUCGUUCUAGACUUCUUCACUGGUAAAAUUUUGAUGCGCGGCCUCGUAAAGCCGACGGGCAUCGUCACCGACUGGCGCCGAGGGGUCACAGGAAUCAAUAAGGCAAAGAUGGCGGAAGCCGUCAAGAAAGGUAAGGCGUUCGCCAAUUGGGCGGUGGUGCGCAAAAAGAUCUUCAAUGUGACAAACCCCGAAACUAUCUUCAUUGGGCAUGCGUUGAGCAACGAUUACCGUGUCCUGCACAUGGCGACCAAUCGCGUUGUUGACUCCAUGACGCUGCUAUCGCACGCUGUAUUCGGGGACGCGAAAACCUUUCCGCGCACCUGGAGCCUGAAGUCUGCAUGUAAGGAGCUGUUGCAACUGACCGUGCAGAAGACGCGCGGCGCGCAUGAUCCCCUCGAGGACGCCCUUGCUACGCGAGAACUCGUACUCAAGUUCGUGCAGGAUCCCAAGAAGUUAACAGAGUUCGGUGAAAAUAUUCGUGCAAACAUGGCGCGAAUAGUGCAGAAGGAGCAGGAGAAAGAAGCAGCAAAGAUUCGAAAAAGGGAACUUCGGAAAGCUGAGAGAGCGAAGAAGAGUUCUGAGCAACUUCUGCAAGAGGCGGCUGAGAAGGCGAGGAAGAAGGAAGAGAAACGAAAAGAAAAGGCGGCCAAGAAAGCAGCACUGUUACAGCAGAAAACGCUUAAACGAGCUCAAAAAAGAGAGAGGCAAAAGCAGUGGAAGAAAUGGCGAGAAGCUAGGGAAGAGGGGGAGCACAUAAGCUUCAAGGGGUGGUCUGACGCGCAGGGUUUGAAUGCCUUUAUCAAUGUUCCUGGAUAGUUCGUCCUGCUCGUGCUCUUUCGACGCACGUGGUUGAAAUUAUCACGGCA